CGACGCGUAAAGACCUACUUGACAGUGCAAAACUUAUAUAUAUAUAUAUAAAAAAAAACAAUUAUGAACGGGGUUGACCCCCCCUUUAAGAAUAGGUUUAAAAGCCUUGAUCCAGAUGUCAACCUUUCUUCUCAAACCAACCACUGCAAACGAAUGAGGAACGACGAUUUUACACCAUUACCUGAAAUCAAACAAAAUGAUGACCACAUACCGCGCUAUCUAAUAGCAACUGCAAUUGCAUCAAAAAACGGCGAAGAAGUUCGACCUUUGUCAUCUUACAAUGUUUUUCAGAUAGAAAAGGGCCUUAAACACAUAAGUACAGAGUACACUGAAGUUACUGAGCUUAAAUCAGGCGACUUGCUCAUAAAAACCCGAAACCUAAAAGCAGCGGAAAAAUUUCUCAAAGCCACUCAUGUUGAUAUAGUACCCGUCAAAAUUACAUCGCACAAAUACCUAAACUCAACACAGGGUCGCAUAUUUUCUAGAAAUAUAAUAAAACUUUCUGAAGACGAAUUAAUGGAAGGAUUAGCGUGCCAGAAAGUUAUCGAAAUUAGGAAAAUAAUGAAACUAACUAAUGACGUAGCAACACCAACGGGAGCAGCGAUUGUCACCUUCAAUCUUAUUCGUAGGCCAGAAAAGAUCAAUUUAGGAUGGGAAAGAGUCACAGUCCAGGGAUAUAUCCCCAACCCGAUGAGGUGCAGAAAUUGCCAAAAACUUGGGCAUACGAAAAACAAUUGUAAAAAUAUACAACUAUGCAAACAAUGUGCCUUUCCUCCUCCGCAUGAAAUUUGCUCACGUAUUUUCUGCGCAAAUUGCAAUGUCAACACGCACACUUCCGAAGACCCAACUUGUCCCAGCUUCCUAAAGCACAAAUCCGUAAACAAAAUUAAAGCUGAACGCCGGUGUACUGUUCGUGAAGCCUGGAAAGUGUACAACAGCAAUCCCACAGCAUACCAAAUUGAACCUAGGAAUAGGCAAACAAGCAAGCCUUCAUACGCACAAACUGCAAGAAACGACCAAACCACAGCAGUCGAACAAACACAGAUCGAAAAAAGCAAUCAUAUUUCUUCACAUAUUACCCAACCUUCAAACAACAUUCAAAAUCAAGAUAAAACAAGAUCACUCAAAAGCAACAAUGAAAUUCAAAACAAAACUAAACCACCUUCAAAUAACAUUCAAAAGAAUACUUCUAACUCCAACUAUGGACCUCAACUUACAACAACACUAGACCAAUCAAAUCAAAGCACAUCAACAACAGCAUCGAAAAGCAGCUCAAGCCCACCUAGAACAAAGAGCAACGAAAAAAAUAACACACACACCCAAAGCUGUGACAUGGAAAUGUCGCCUUGCGCAGAUAUAUACAAAAAAUACCCACAUUUAAAUGUCCUCAUUUCGCCAAAUACAUACAAAAGAACGCUACAAGCUUUAGAAAAUGAACAACACACUUAAGACUAGACACUUCGCUUAAUAAAUGACCAUUGGCAUAAACUUUUCAAUACUGCAGUGGAACAUACAAGGUUUCACAAACAACAAAUACGCGUUAGAAUAUCUAGUAGCAAAACAUAAGCCUGAAAUUAUACUACUCCAAGAGACACACAUAACGAACAAAAAUAUAAACUUCCUACACCUUCCUAAUUAUAAAGUUUUUCACCACAAUAAAAGCUUUACAUAUGCUAAAGCUGGAAUUGCAAUCCUUGUUAAAAAUACAAUUAAUGUUUCUAACCACCGAACAUCCAACAACGAUUUACUUCAUCAAACACUAACAAUACACGGAAUGAAAGACGUACACAUUACAAACAUCUAUAAAGAAACAAACAUACGCCUAACAUCGCAACUACUAGAUGAUAUACCCUUUACGGGUACAAGCCACCACCUUAUUGGGGGUGACCUCAAUGCCCAACAUACUUUGUGGGGAUCCCAAUACAACUCUAGCAGUAGAUUGCGAUGGGAGCAGUUCGCACAUGAUCGUCAUUUAACAAUAAUAAAUGAUGGUUCACCGACUCUUCUAAACACUAGAAACACUCUCACGCCUGUGGAUGUGUCCAUGGCCAGUUCUGAGCUAGCAGCUGCGUUGACAUGGAAUU